AUGGCUAUGUUACAGCAGCAGCAGCAGCAAUACCCUCCAGCAGGCAGCGGUGUCUCCAGCACCAGCUGCUAUCGCUCUUACGCACCACCUCUGGCGGCUGCCCCCGGCGCCUUCUGGGAGCUGGCCCGCCAGCCGCCCCCGCCUCCGCCCCCGCCACCACCACCCAGUCGCUCCUUUUGUCGCGGCGCCGCCUUUUGUCGCCUCCCCUGCCACCCCCGCCGCCUCCAAGCUGCCGUCACGCAGGCUGGCGCGACUACAAAACACGGCCCGCUGAAUGGCUGCGCAGCCGUUGCUUGCGCCACGCUGCACUACCCCAACACAAUUUCUCACCCCCCACCCCCGUCUCCCCCACCAGAUCGCUUGCAAGUGCAGACUGGAUCGGAAGCGGACCCCUCUCCCCGCAGCAGCGGCCGCCAGCUGGUCCUUGGAAGCGGUAAGGCGGUGCCCGACGGCAAUCGCCUGCCGCGCUCCCCCAAUCCCGGCAAGAAAGGCCGCCGCACCGCACCGCAGCGCAGCGCACCGGCCGUCCAAUUACUUUGGGCGCGCGCCAGCGGCCGGGGCGAGCAGAGAGCGCCGCCAAUUAGGCGGCGGAGCCGGCAGGCGGCGGCGACGACGACAAAGCCGACGGCUAAUCGGGACCAGCGCUGCAAUCUGGCCGCGCCCCGGGCAGGCGCUCCUUCCCCAGGCGUCGCCGGAGGAAGGACGAAUCCCCGCGCCUCGGGGCAUUUGCCGCCGGCGCUCACAAUUUCAUCUCGGAGGACACGUGGAGCCGGGCGGCAGGCGGCAGAGGAAUGUCCGUCCCAAGGUACACACGGCGGCUGCCGCCCGCCGGGGCAACUUUUACGGCCGGAGGCGCCGCAAUCGGGGGCAGAGGUCUGCGUGGCCGCCAUAUUACAAGUGCGCCCGACGCCCCCGCCAAAGCCGCCAUCUUCUGCAGCGAGCUUAGGCCCUGACCGCGCCGUAGCUACUGUACCUCGCUGCGAGAGACACCACGAGCGAGCCACACUUAAUACAGUUAUUAAAAUAUACUGUAACAGAGGCGCUCUCGCGGGCAGUCGAUCACAGUGGCGGACUGAAGAAGCCGCCAGCGAGCAGACCGUGGACGAGACCGCAGGGCAGUCGGCGGCAGCAAUUGGUAGGCGCACGCGCGCGCAGAACUGGCCGCAGUCCAGGGCACAGUGUUCUGUCCAGGGCGGCUACGCUGACAAACUGCGAGCGGACCGCAGGUCAUGGCGCGGGGGUGGGGUGGUUUGGCGUGAUUCUCCAAGCCUCACACCACAUCGUGGAAGGCCAUUCGUCUUCGCGCCGGAGGAACUUCUCAGUCCAAAACGGCUCCCGCAGUGCGGCCUCUACCGAGAUUCCGGCACCGUUUCCGUCUCCGUAUUAAAGAACCCGCACCUGAUGUUCUUCCGCUGCGCCUUCGCAGUGAUGCACAGCAAAGCGCCAGGCUAA